UUGAUUUGGAGCAUAUGCGAACAGUAAAACCUGAGAAACAUUUACGAUUUUGCCAGGAAAAUGGUUUUAGUAGCCACUUUGUCUCAGCCAAGACAGGAGACUCUGUCUUCCUGUGCUUCCAGAAAGUUGCUGCUGAAAUCCUUGGGAUAAAAUUAAACAAAGCAGAAAUAGAACAGUCACAGAGGGUGGUGAAGGCAGAUAUUGUAAACUACAACCAGGAUCCCAUGUCAAGAACGGUCCCCCGGCCCCGGAGCUCCACGCGUGUGCUGCAGUGUGUUCUCUCCCGUGCCGAAGCGCUGGCCGCCACACGCUGAGUGGGCCUGGGCCUCUCGGAGCUUGCC